UUUAUGUCGUAGAUAAUUUAAGAGAUUUGAUGAGCGACAUGUUUAUAAUAACUGUUCCACAAAGCAAUGGUUUGCAUACAUUUUGGGUGUCUUAAAUUAUAAUGGAAUUGUCAAACAACCUUUAUGCGAGUACGUUAGUAGGUUUUUUAAUAAUUCAAAAAAAUUUUACAUGAUUUUUCUGUACUUAUUAUAAUAGAAUAUUCAUUCACUUUCACAAAUAAUCAUAAAACCUGUAGAUAAUAUAGAAAUAGUAUUUUUUCUUAGAGUACUUAAUUAGUUAAAAAUUAUUUAAUUUGUAUAACUCAAAAAUUUAUUAUGGAUGGUGGUAAAAUAGUGUCGGUUUUUGAAAAAUAUUUCUCACCCUCACCAUUGGUCAAUCAAUUAAGGAGUUUUAUUAAUCGACAAGUUGAUGAACCGCGACAAUCAACACCCAACGUUGAUUCCUCAAAAUCAAUAAGAACUAAUUCUAAAAAUAUAACACAUUGCACAAAUCCUAAUACAAAAAAUACUAAAAAUAAUUCAUUAGAAGUACUUACCUGCCCCCAAAUAAUUCAGCCAGGCGAGAGAAGCGUAGUGCAUGUUACGAAAGCUCAAAUGAAAGAGUUUCAAGAAGCUUUUAGAUUAUUUGAUAAAGAUGGCGACGGAAGUAUUACGAAAGAAGAAUUAGGACGAGUUAUGCGAAGCUUAGGACAAUUUGCUAGAGAAGAAGAAUUAGAAACAAUGUUACAAGAAGUUGAUAUUGAUGGAGAUGGAGCGUUUAGCUUUCAGGAGUUUGUGGAAAUAGUUUAUAAUAUGGGUGGAACUGCGGAAAAAACUGCAGAUCAAGAAGAGAAAGAACUCAGAGAUGCAUUUAGGGUGUUCGAUAAACAUAACAGAGGUUAUAUCAGUGCAUCAGAUUUACGAGCAGUACUACAAUGUUUGGGUGAAGAUUUGUCCGAAGAAGAGAUUGAAGAUAUGAUUAAAGAAGUGGAUGUUGAUGGUGAUGGAAGAAUUGAUUUUUAUGAAUUUGUGCAUGCGCUUGGUGAACCAGGAGAUGAAUAUGAUGACAUUGAUGACGACGAAGAAGAAAUAAUUUAUCCACAAAUUUCUAUACAAUAAUUUUGAUAAAAUAUUUUAUUUUAUCUUAUUAAUUAUGUAUUAUUCUAAUUUAAUGUAUAUCUUUAACUUAUCAACAAACACUAAAACAAAAAUAUUGAUAUUAAUUCUGUUAUUUUGUUAGAGAAACAACAUUUGAUUAGGUUCAAAAAUGUAUAAUAUGUAGUAAUGCCAUGUUAAUGACUAAAUCUUAGACUCCGGGCAUAUACUUUUUUUUUUUUUUACUUAUUGUACCUAAGUAUUUGUUUUGUGUUCAUGUUUGCUUGAAUCAUACUUAGAAAUGUCUUAUAACUUCAUUAUGUUUCAAAUGUAUUUAUUGUUGUAAAAUAAUGUUUAAGAAACUUUUAAUAUAACAGGAAAUUAAAAUAUUUCAAAGAUACUUUGAAAAUUUGAAACCACAUUUAUUAACAACUAUUUUAUAUUUAAAAAAAUUAAUUAUAUUGUCAGUAUUCAUACAAAUACAAAUUACUUAAAAAAGUA